AUCCAUCGCAUCCGAUCCAAUGUCCAAAUCAUCAUCGUCAACACCGUCGAACACCUUGUUGCUCCGCCGACAGCUGGCUGAGCUCACCAAGCGUCCCGUUGAGGGCUUCUCAGCUGGCCUCGUGGACGAGAAUAACCUGUACGAGUGGGAGAUCAUGAUCAUUGGGCCAAACGACACCCUCUAUGAAGGCGGUUUCCUGCGAGCCCGGCUAUCUUUCCCUCCAGAAUACCCUCUCCUGCCACCGAAGAUGCGAUUCCUCACCGAGAUGUGGCAUCCAAAUAUUUACCCCGACGGAACCGUUUGCAUUUCAAUCUUGCAUGCCCCCGGAGAGGACCAGUACGGCUACGAGGAUGCUGGAGAGAGAUGGAUGCCGGUACACAGCGUGGAAUCUAUUCUUCUCAGCGUAAUUUCCCUUCUCUCAUCCGAUAAACCCAACCUCGACAGCCCGGCCAAUGUUGACGCAGCCAAGGAGGUUCGCACGGACUUUGAAGCCUACAAGAAGAAGGUCAGGCGCCUGGUCCGCAGAAGUGCGGAGGAAUUUUAACCAAUGUAACACUACUCCAUCAUCUUUGCUUAUGUCGCAUGGCUAUCGUUUCUCUUCCUUCAUCAUAGCUGUCUAAUGCAUCUGUCCCUCUUCAUGACCAUCCUUAGCGCUUCCCUCUCCCAUGUAACGACCUCGCGGAAACACGCUGUUUGUUGUAUCAAUCCAUUAAUCACUUUCGAAC